UCUCCUCUUCCUCCUGACUCUCACAGAGGGCACUACCCUCCUCCCUACCACUAAAGACAUUUUGAUCGUCCUCCCCAGCUCCCCCCACCCGGACACGACCACCAUCACCACCACCACCACCUCCGCCACCUCCUCCUCCUCUUCCUCCUCCUCCACUGUAACAUGUCGGGACAGUCUUUGACGGACCGGAUCGCCGCCGCGCAGCACAGCAUGACCGGCUCUGCCAUCAGCAAAGCCGUCUGCAAGGCCACGACGCAUGAAGUCAGCGGACCCAAGAAGAAACACCUUGACUACCUGAUCCACUGCACCAAUGAGCUGAACGUCAGCAUCCCCCAUCUGGCAGACACGCUGCUGGAGCGCACGACGAGCAACAGCUGGAUUGUGGUUUUCAAAGCGCUCAUCGCCACACACCACCUCAUGAUGUACGGCAGCGAGAGAUUGAUGCAGUACCUUGCCUCCAGAAACACGCUCUUCAACCUCAACAACUUUCUAGAUAAGGCUGCACUACAAGGAUACAACAUGUCAACCUUCAUCAGACGCUACAGCCGAUACCUGAAUGAAAAAUCCAUGUCUUAUAGACUAGCCGCAGUGGACUUCACCAAGAUGAAAAGAGGGGCUGAGGGUGUGAUGCGCACCAUGAACACAGAGAAGCUGAUCAAGACUUUGCCCAUCAUACAGAACCAGCUGGACGCACUGCUAGAUUUUCAGCCAAACUCCAACGAACUGACCAACGGUGUGAUCAACACAGCGUUCAUGCUGCUGUUCAAGGACUCCAUACGGUUGUUUGCUGCUUACAACGAGGGAGUCAUCAACAUGUUGGAGAAAUACUUUGACAUGAAGAAGAAUCAGUGCAAAGAGGCGUUGGAGAUCUACAAAAACUUCCUGAACAGGAUGACAAAACUGUCCGAGUUCCUCAAAGUGGCUGAGCGAGUUGGGAUAGAUCAGGGCGACAGCCCCGAUCUCACACAGGCUCCCAGCUCCCUCCUGGAGGCUUUGGAGCAGCAUCUCGCUUCCCUGGAGGGCAGGAAGCUCAAAGACCCGUCUACUGCCAGCAGAUCCAGCACAGUGUCGUCUCUCUCCAGCGCCGGUAUCUCUCUCAGCCGCAUGGAUGACAAGACAGAGGACAACCGGCUGCAGCAGCACAAGGACGACGGAAUCAAAGUGAUCGACAUUCAGACGCCCACUGUUUCACCCAGCACCCAGUCGGUGGGCAGUGCCAACAGCAGCGGCGGGGCCACGGAUCUCUUCUCAAACUCUCCCAGUGUACCCAUCAAUAACCAUGUGCCAAACCUGACCAGUGAGCUGUUCACCCUGCAGCCCAGCUUCACCCCCAUCCAGACCACACACACUGUGCCCAACAACAACAAUGCCUGGGGAGGAGACCUGUUAAAGCCGUCCCCACCAACUCAGAUUCACAGUCCUGGAGCUCCGUUGCACUCUGGUAAAAUGUUGCCCAAUGAUUUGGACGCUUCAUUAGCAAACUUGGUUGGAAACCUACAGUUUGGGGGCACACCGGCUAAAAAAUUUUUGAGUCCAUGCAGUGCACAGCCAGAGUUCCAGUGGAGCCAGCUGGUGGAGAAGAAACCCACAGGAGGGAGCGGCUGGCAGUCAAAGACGAUGUGCACCAACACCAACUGGACUCACGCGACCCAUCCCAUGGCGCCUGCACCCAUGCCCGUCCCUCAAAUGGUAACCAGAGCUUCGUUCACUUUCGCUCAUUGUUCUCAAAUUUCAGCUUGGUGAUUUUAUCCAAAAAUGCUCAGCAAGACAGAACUAGUCAGGCAGUUAUUAUGUGUUGGUUUCGUUGGUAAUAUUCAGUUCCAACCAUCAAUUUCUGCAAAAUCAACCAGCAUGAAUUAGGGAGGACGAAUGACAUAUCUAGAUUAGUAUGUCUAUGCAUUCUAAGCUUUGAAAAAAAAAAAGUCAAUAUAACAGAAUUUAUAGCAACAGCUGCAGCAUACGUUUUGUUUUUCUCCAUUUGUAAAAAUAGAUAUGAAAUUGUGAUACUCUUAAAUGACCACACAUUUAUUUA